AUUCUCCCCCGCUCAUCCCUGUCCCGCCCCUUCCCCACCCGGAGCGGGAGGAGGGCUCCUAGUAGGAGGCGCCGAGGCGGGCGGGGGCCGGGUGAGGUACCUUUCCGCCGCAGAAGAGAAGGAUUUAGGAUGACUUCACAGUUCCAGGGUUGAGCAGGAGUUUCCAAGAAGUACCAGCAUCGUUUAUUUCUUCAAUGAAACUGAAGAAUGCGUUCGGUAGCGCUUCUCAGCAGCUCUGCAGCCUGUGGAGAGUGUGGCUAGUCUGUAUUUAGCAUCCUGGAAACUGUGUGUCCCCUUGAAGAAGUGAUCUGCUGAAAGUAAAUACUUACAAGACAGGCUGGAACAAUCCUUUUACACUGCUCUCAAAAUCUGAUAUACCCAGUUUCUGAUACUACCUGGAAUUUGCAUUUCUUUUGCUAAAGAAGCGCUACCUGCUGCAGUUAUCCAGGGAAUCUCAAGGAGCAAGGGAACUGAAGAUGACUCUGCUUGCUUUUUAUUCAGCUUGGGUUGUUUUGCUGGAAUUGGCAGUGGCAUUUGGUCCUGUACCAAGAAUCACUUGGGAACACAGAGAGGUCCAACUAACACAUUUUCAUGAACCUGGAGUGUCAAACUAUUCAACCUUGCUGUUAGGUGAGGACAGAGGUGUUCUAUACGUAGGAGCCAGAGAAGUCAUCUUUGCAUUAAACGCAAUGAAUAUUGCUGAAAAACAGCGUGAGUUGCAGUGGAAAGUCACUGAAGAUAAAAGGACCAAAUGUGCAGUCAAGGGCAAAUCAGAACAGACUGAGUGCCGUAACUAUGUGCGUGUCCUGCAACAGCUAAACGACACUUUUCUUUACGUGUGUGGUACUAAUGCAUUUCAGCCAACUUGUGAUUACCUGAAUUUAAUUUUGUUUGAGCUUGAAGGUAAGAAUGAAGAUGGUAAAGGCAGAUGCCCAUUUGAUCCUGCCCAAAGUUACACAUCUGUUAUGGUUGAUGAGGAGCUUUAUUCUGGGACUUCUUACAAUUUCUUGGGAAGUGAACCUAUUAUUUCAAGGAACUCUCAUCAGAGUCCUCUGAGAACAGAAUAUGCAAUACCUUGGCUUAAUGAGCCAAAUUUUGUUUUUGCUGAUGUUGUAAGAGCAGAUCAAAACAGCACAGAUGGAGAAGAUGACAAGAUAUACUUUUUUUUCACUGAGGUGUCUGUGGAAUAUGAGUUUGUUGGAAAACUUAUGAUUCCAAGAAUAGCUAGAGUAUGCAAGAGGGACCAAGGAGGAUUAAGGACUUUGCAGAAAAAAUGGACUUCUUUUCUCAAGGCCAGAUUGAUAUGUACCAUUCCUGAUAAGAAUUUAAUUUUCAAUAUUAUCAAUGAUGUUUUUAUUCUGAAGUCUCCAACCUUGAAGGAACCAGUGAUAUAUGGAGUCUUUACCCCACAGCUGAAUAAUGUGGGACUGUCAGCUGUGUGUGCCUACAAUUUGUCUACUGUAGAAGAAGUUUUCUCAAAAGGAAAGUAUAUGCAGAGUGCUACAGUAGAACAGUCCCAUACCAAGUGGGUACGGUACAAUGGGGAGAUUCCUAACCCUCGACCUGGUGCAUGUAUAAACAGUGAAGCCAGAGCUCUGAACUACAUGACUUCACUGAAUUUACCAGACAAAACGCUGCAGUUUGUUAAAGACCAUCCGCUAAUGGAUGAUUCAGUGACUCCAGUGGGAGACAGACCACGCCUUGUAAAGCGAGAUGUGAAAUACACCCAGAUUGUAGUAGACAGAGUCAGAGCACUCAAUGGUACAAUGUAUGAUGUUAUGUUCAUCAGUACAGAUCAAGGGGCCCUGCACAAAGCUAUCAGCUAUGAAAAUGGAAUGCAUAUUAUUGAAGAAACACAGCUUUUCCCAAACUUUGAGCCAGUUCAAACACUCAUACUUUCAUCCAAAAAAAGCAGAAGAUACCUCUACGCUGGUUCAAAUUCUGGUGUGGUUCAAUCUCCUGUGGCAUUCUGUGAGAUGUACACCACUUGUUUUGACUGCGUUUUAGCAAGGGAUCCUUACUGUGCUUGGAAACCUCUUGAGGGUUCUUGCGUUGAUAUUUUUCAAGAAAGUGAAACUGAAAGGAAUUGGAUUCAGAACAUAGGUGGAGAUGCAUCUUCUUGUUCUGAUAAAGUAAGAGAGAAUUCGCUACAGCAUACAUUCAAGCAUGGGAGCACAGCAGAGCUCAAGUGUUCUCAGAAGUCCAAUCUGGCACAGGUAGUUUGGAAAUUCAGGGAUGACGUACUGAGAGUGGAGAGUCCCAAAUACCGUCUACUGGAAAAGGCACUGCUCAUCUUCAAUUUAUCAGAAGGAGACAGUGGUGUUUACCAGUGUCUGUCAGAAGAAAAAGUGAAGAAUAAGAAAUUCUCUCAGGUGUUGGCUAAGCAUGUUUUGGAACUGAAGAAAGUCCAGCAUACUACAGCAAGCCCAGUUGUGGCAGCUGCACCAAUAGAAGCCUCAUCUCCUAUACCUUUCCCUCCUACUGGUACUUCCUUUUUGUCUUGUGUGGGAUGUGGUCCACCUCCUUCACCCACCAGUAUCGAGCCUGAUGUUUGGUCUAGCACAAACCCUCUAAAGGUCAUGUUGUUGCAACCUUUCCUAAAUGACCAGGCACAGCAUGUUAGUGCUCGGGGAUCGUUCCACCUCUUCUGCCAAGCCACAGUUCAAGUGAUGUUUGGAAAAGUUCUGAGGAAUCAACAAGCUAGCAUUGGAGGAAGACAUCUCAUGUUUGUAGAUGGCCACUGUAGUGAUGCUAUGCUUGUAUGACAGCUGUGCAUGACAAGCUCCUAAUGCCCCGCCAAGCAGUCCCUGAAGGCACCUGUUACCAACCACUGGAGCCUUGGGCCACGCUGACAGCACCUGCUCUGCUGCACUGGGCUCAGAUCUCUCCAGCUGGAAAGGUUUCUCCAUCUGUUACAGAGGUGUGAGUACUCCUCACUGGCAGCAGCUGUUGGGCCACCCGCUCCGAGCAGCCCCAUUGUGUCCCAGACCACAGGGCAGCUCUGCAGGGCUCAGCUCUGCCAGCAGGACUGGCCUGGCCCCAGCUCCCUCCCACUCCCCGAUUUAUGUGAUCAGCUCCACUCGUAAUCCAUAAUCACCCACUCUUACAUUGGUAUCUGAAAGGAAAGCUGUAUGCCUGUUAGGUUUUGAUGCCUAUAUAGCAGAUGUGUUAUUGGGGACAACCAAGUGGGGUCCCUGGCAUGCUGCUCUGCAUCUACAGCUGUAUUACUCCAUUCCUCACCUCUGGGUAUACUGCUUGAUUUUAAGCUAAAAUGGAACAUAAACCCCACUUCAGUGAAAAAAGUUGGGGGGUUGGUACACAGUUUAAUGCUGCACGCAACUGAAGAAGGUUAACAUAUGGCUGAUGGGAUGCUCCUGCAAACCUCAAGGGGCAGAGGCACUGCACCAACAGAGGAUGACACCCACCUGGGAAAUGAUCACACCACCACUGCAAACGAUCACACCACCACUGGGCAUUAUGGAGGGCUGGGCAGAGAAAGGGCAUAUUUGUUCUGCAACACAGUGUUAGCUGUCUCCCUUCUAAAAGAGUUAAGACUGGAUUAGGUUAAGAGUAAUGAAUGCAAUUUCUAUGAUGAAGCAAUGUUUUCAAAAUUAACUACGUGAAGUAUCAUUCAUUGUUGCCUAAAUGUACCUGUCUACAUAUCCAAACUGGUUUGGUGUUUAAUUCUCUGCUUGAAUAUUGUGUUUUAACAUGAGCAUUUUCUUAAAUCUUUCAAGCAUUCUUAAGGUGGAUGGCAAUGUAAGUAGAUAAAUUUUUUUAGCUCCUGUUUUAAAGAUUAUGUGUCAUGGGUUUUAUCAUAGCGAAUGUAUGCUCACAGUCAUUUAUCUUCAAAAAAUAAAUCUGUAACUACUGCAUCUUUGAGCAUGAAUUUAUCUUAAUCCAGAGUUGUAGCAAACCUGAAUCUGAGAAAUGUGACUUCAUGUUUUUGCAGGUGUAACUCUUUGUGUUUUUCUGUUGUUCAGUUCUGAAAUGGAAAUCAAAGUAGGGAAAAUACUGCAUGGCCCCCUGGAACCAAGGCUGAAUGCAGCAAAAGCAAACUCUGCCUGCAACCACACCACUGCAGCCCAUGGGGGGGACCUAAACCAACACAGCCUACAACCCUCCUUGUAUUGGGAAACUGUUUACUUUUUUGGAGAAAUGUGUCUCUGAGUGGGCAUUCAGUUCUGUUUCCAGAAUACGUGUUGCCUUUAGCACCUGAAAACAGUGUAGGUUCUUUGGUGUCAGCAGUGACACGGAGCACUUGAAGUGCAUUUAGAGAAUCACAGAAUCACAGAAUCACCUGGGUUGGAAGGGACCUCAAGGAUCAUGUAGUUCCAACCCCCCUGCCUAGCAGGGCCACCAAACAUACACAUUCAGAUCAGGUUGCCCAGGACCCCGUCCAACCUGGCUUUAAACACGUCCAAGGACGGGGCAUCCACAACCUCCCUGGGCAGCCCGUUCCAGGGCCUAACCACUCUCCUAGUAAAGAACUUACUCUCCUAGUAAAGAACUUAACUUAGACUUAGUAAAGAACUUAGAAUGCCCUGCCAUUUCCUUGCCUGGCCCUAAAGAAGUGUUUUUUAAGCUCAUGGUUGUAGGUAACAAACUGCUCUAUUGUCAUGUCAUAGGGGUUUGAAGUACUGCUAUUAAACAGAUGAGCACAUGGCUGUACUCGAGCACCUGGCUUGUGGUUUGCAAUGACUGAGCAACAACUGAUAAGCUUCAGUGAGCUCCUUCUGAUCUGCACUGUGCUUGAGUCAGUCCUAGUGCCUCCCAGUCGGCCUGACCUCUGACACUUCCACAGGUUUCUUCUCUAGCCCUCAUCCAAGGACAGACUUACCCAUGGCAACUGUCUGCAGUUCUCAUCAAGUGUUCUCUCAACUCUUCAAGGAAUAAAUCCAAAGCCUGUUUUUUUAUUAUUUCACUGCUUUUACCCACCGCUCUUCCCAUUUGUCCCAACACCAACUUCAUUAAUGUACUGAAAUAAUUUGUCCACUGUUCCUGUCUCCCAUACUUUUAGUUACAUGUAAUCCACCUUCAGUUAAUCACAGGGUUAGGACAGCCAUCUAUAAAACAUGAUUUACUUUGUUUAAAGAACAUUCUACGCUCGUUUCCUGCCCCCAACUCUGACAGAGCUGUUGUCAUUCCUUUGGAGAAUGUGCUGCCUCCUUCCCACCCCUCCUUUCUUCCAGGAUGAAAUCCACCACACUGCAGUUACAUCACAUUCUCUGCUAUUCAUCCUUGUACUUAAUAAAAAUUUCUUUCUCCAUAUUUGUUGGAUAUUAGCAAAUGAUUUAAAUCUGAAUCUAACAUAUGCUGAGAAGGCACACAGAUAGAUGUAAAGGCUGCCAUGCAAGCAGACAAAAAAUCAACACCAGGGAAUGUGAAAUCUAACUAGUUAGCAGGCCUAGAAUCACAUUUUUUUUUCUGAAGAAAGUUCCAUAUCAGUUUGGAAUAAAAAACCCCAGCAAAAUCUGACUGCUGUAGCAGGUUCUGUUCCCUCAAGACCCAUUUCAAAGAAUCCUUUAUUUUCCUUUUAUCCAGCUUUCUUUUUACACCUUCUCUCAGUGUUCUAAGUCCGUUCUGUAUCCCAAGCCCUAAGGGAGAAACAGACGCGUUUCUCAAUUCCUGGUGGAUGAGAAGCUGGACAUGAGCCAGCAGUGUGCAUCUGCAGCCCAGAAAGCCAACUGUGUUCUGGGCUGCACUAAAAAAAGAGUGGCCAGCAGGGAGAGGGAAGUGACUCUCCCCCCUUUACUCUGCUCUUGUGAGGCCCCAUCUGGAGCACUGCGUCCAAGCCUGGGGCCCCAGCACAAGGCAUGGAAUUCUUGGAACAGGUCCAGAGGAGGGCCACUAAGAUUGGGGGCUGAAACUAUAUGAUACUUGAGGUCCUUUUCAACCCAGGCCAUUCUAUCAUUCUAUGAUUCUGUGCUUUAAGAAUUGCUGCAAAGUUCUUAGCUUGACCCAGAUGCCUUUCCCUUUAGUGAAAGGACACAGAUAUUAUGCUUCAUCCAAUCUUGCUAACUUUCCACUAACAGCUGUUCUGUGCUACUAUCAAUAAUUCUGAUUUAUUCAAAUUCUAUCCUCACAUGUUAAGAUUAAUAGUAGCAACAACUAAAAGAUUAGAUUGCUCUUUGUUCUUGAUCCAAGCUGUUCUGUCUUGUCUAAUUGCCUGCUGUGACAAAUGGUCCCACACUUUUUUCAGUUUUGCCUUUCACUAUUUCUGGCAUCUUUGACAUACCGAAUUCUUGAACUUUUUCCCCUCCUAGCCUCUAUUUCAAAUGUUGGAAGGUAUCUCAGAAUGAUUCAGCCUUUCACCAGGCAUGAGCUUCAUCAGCACUAGUUAGCAUGGCCUGCUUCUUCAACAGACUGAUUCCAUUGUCUGGUCUAUCACAGUUGUGGGCCAGUUUCCCCCUGUAAGAAUACAGGCACAGAAAACUUCUUUUUGCAUAUGAACUUAUUUACAACUACAGCUUAAACCUAAAUUAUCAAUGGUACUUUUUUUUUUUUUUUUUAAUCCCAGCUUUUUGGUGUCUAGAAUUUCAGCUGAAGAAACUUAAGAAACAUUGAAACCAAGCUUUUUAUGUCUUUGAGCCUAAUCUUGAGGUCCUGAACUUUCGCUUUUUUCCUCAAAGACUCAGCUUGUGUUUUUCUCCCCAAGU